AAGAGAGGAGGAGAAAUGGCAACCACCACUACAGUCGCCGGAGUGAGCCUCUCCACCCCAAGGGCAGCGUUGUCAAAAGCAACAGAGGCACCGAGGGCAUUUCAAUCACUCAACAUCCCCACCUGGAGAAGCUACUCUUCCGUUGGCCGCCGCAUGACCAUGGUAAGGCCAGUAAGCGCAGCACCAGAUAAACUGUCGGAAAAGGUGGCGGAAAGCAUCAAGAGCGCCGAGGAGAAGUGCUCGGACGACCCGGCAAGCGGGGAGUGUGUGGCGGCGUGGGACGAGGUGGAGGAGCUGAGCGCCGCCGCCAGCCACAAACGUGACAACCAGAAAAGUUCCGACCCCCUGGAGACAUUCUGUAACGACAACCCCGAAACCGACGAGUGCCGUACUUACGACAGCUGAUCGAUGGAUCUCAAUCUACCUAUGCCUUGGCCCGGCUUUGAGGUUGUCGUGUUUUAGAUUUCACAGUACUUUCUCUGUCUCUGUUUAUGUUAAUUAAGAUGGACUAAAACCUGUUGUUGGGAUAUUGUCAUGAAAAACUUACUUUGGAAUGUUUUUUAUAAUUAUUUUGCAUGAUGAUAUGAUACAGUAGCAUGUUAUAAUAUAUAUGUUUAACAUAAAUUGGUGAUUA